AUGUCGGCAGUCGGCUACCUUGGAAGGGCUACCGGGACGCUGAGACUUUGCAACUUCCGCCCCUUGGCCCCUGGGGCGGCACGCUGGCUGUCCAUGGAGGGCCUGAAGGAGAUGCCGGAGCGGGAAAAAGCACAGGAGGCAGUUUACUUCAACAAAGAAGAGGAGAAACUGCUGCGAGGGGUAUUGAAGAAGAUCAAGUCGCAAGCGGACAAGGUGGACAAGCAUGCUGCUGCUGGUCAAGAUGCUGCUGACCUGUCUGCACUGAAGGAAAUUGUCCACAAGUACAACAUGUCCCAGGAAGACCUUGCUGCAUUGCUCACCUGGAAGCACAGCUAG